AUGGUUAAAGUUCUGGCUGAAGAGAUUAAGAAACACACAACUAAAGAGUCGUGCUGGGUUGUACUUCACGGAAAAGUGUAUGAUGUUACGGACUUUUUGAGUCGUCAUCCAGGGGGUCAGAAGGCUAUUCUGCGGGUAGCAGGAAAAGAUGCUACUGAAGAAUUCGAUAUUAUCCAUCCAGAGGGCACUUUGAAGUCUCUUAGUUCAAGUGCUUAUAUUGGUGAAGUAGAAGAUAUUGAGAAUCUCAAGGAUACUCCAGAGACCUCUAAUGAAAGCAAGUUGGGAACUGUUGCAUUGCCAGCUUUGGAUGCCAUGCUCAAUUUAGAUGACUUCGAGAAAACAGCUCAGAAGGUUAUCUCUGCUAAAGGCUGGGCUUAUUACUAUUCAGCUUCUGAUGAUUUAGUCACAAAGGUUUAUAAUAACGAGGUCUAUAGAAAAGUCUUGUUACGGCCAAGGAUCUUCAAGGAUGUUGAGACGGUUUCUACAGUCAGCAAGAUACAGGGUCUUGUGACCACACUGCCUCUGUUUGUGAGUCCUGCCGCUAUGGCAAGACUAGCACAUCCGUCAGGUGAAAAGGGUAUCGCUCAUGCGUGUGGUUCAGAAGGAAUCGUACAAAUGAUCAGUAACAAUGCUAGCAUGAAAUUCGAAGAUAUUGUUAGUGAUCCAAUUGUUUCGACCCAGAAAUUCUUUUAUCAAUUAUAUGUUCAGAACGACCGCAAAAUAUCGGAAAAUGUUCUGUCAAAAGUAAUUGCUACAGGCAGAUGUCAUGCUAUCGUGCUCACUCUAGAUGCUCCUACUCCUGGUAAGAGAGAAGCUGAUGAGAGAGUUGCUAAUGAUGGCAAGACAUUUUCAGAAAACUCAGGAGGUAUUGCCAAAACGGAGACUUCAGAGGGUCUUGGAAGAGCUUUAUUUGCUGGCACUUCUGCUAGACUUCUUUGGGAUGAUCUUCACUGGCUCCGUAAACAAAUUCCUGCUGACAUGCCUAUUAUCUUAAAGGGUCUUCAAACAUAUGAGGAUGCGCUGAUAGCCGCUACACAAUGGGCACCCAAGGGUCUUGUUCAUGGAAUAUUACUAUCUAACCAUGGUGGAAGAGCCAUGGAUCAAUCUCAACCACCUCUGAUGAUUCUCCAAGAAAUCCGCAAAUACGCCCCCGAGGUAUUUUCGUCUAUUGAGGUUUAUGUAGACGGAGGUAUUCGCCGCGGAACUGACGUGGUGAAAGCCCUUUGUCUUGGAGCUAAACAAGUCGGAAUCGGUAGGGCCGCUUUAUACGGUUUGGCCGGUUAUGGCGAACAAGGAGUACAAAGAACUAUACAAAUUCUGAGGGAGGAAAUUGAAACUUGCAUGAGAUUGUUGGGUGUAAAUUCUGUUGAAGAGCUAGGCCCCCAGCAUGUCAACACUAGACAAUUAGACAAUUUAGUGUAUUCUAGACUUUAG